UUAAAAAUGGAUCGUCAAUGUCCAGUGUGGAUAUGGCUGAUACUGAUCCUGCUGGAUCUUGUUCACUUUUCGAUUGAAUUCAAUUACGAAUUUGUGAUGCGGGAUGAAGAUGUAUUAAGCGAGUGCCUGGAUAAACCUCAAGGAGCUCUCAAUGCCAAUGGCCUGUUUGGAUUUUCUGAAACUUCCUUUGUCAUGAGCGACGAUGGUAUAAAUUUAUCUGGGAACAUAUCUACCGUGUGGGAUGUCAACCCAAAAGAUCGUGUUCAGCUAAAUUUAAAUGUCCUAUAUUUCGACCGUGGUAUUUGGCAGAGUACCAUAUUCAAUAUGGAGGUCAAAGAUUUCUGCGCUGUAAUGUACAAUGAGAAACAAUUUUGGUACAAACACUGGUCGAAAUAUAUAUCAAAUGCCGAGCUAGUAAAGGAUAAAUGUGUGACAAACGCCGGGACUAAAUUUCUGAUGGAACCAUAUCUCCUAAGGAUAACUCUUGGCUCGGACGUAUAUCUAAGGCCUGGACAAUACAGGAUUAUAUUGCAUGCUCUUGCAUUUGAUAAGAAGAAUGUAAUGCGCACAAAUCAGAUUUGCCUUGAAAUUAGGGGAGAAUUUAUACGUGCUUGAGGAAUAUCUUAUACCUGAUCCAUCACUAUUUACUAU